AUGAGGAAGGAGACAACGCAGCCCGUGUGCCGUGCCACCACCCUGCUGCUUCUCAUCGCCGUCCUCUCCUCCCCGCCGGCGCUCAGCGAGAGGGGGCGCAAGAAGGUCGUCCACGUGUCAGAGGAUGAGAGCGGGGCCGUGGUCGUCCAGACGGCGCCAGGGAAGGUGGUCACCCACCGAGGCGGGACCAUCAUCCUCCCCUGCCGGUACCACUACGACGUGUCAGCCCACGACCCUGCCGAGAUCCGCCUCAAGUGGACCAAAGUGAUGGACCCGAUGUCUUUCGUGGACGUCUUCGUGGCCCUGGGGAAGGAGCGCAGGGCCUUUGGGAGUUACCGGGGGCGCACGGCGCUGCAGGAGGACGGGGCAGGAGACGCCUCCCUCAUCAUCCGCAACGUCACCCUGCAGGAUUACGGGCGGUAUGAGUGCGAGGUCACCGAUGAGCUGGAGGACGACACGGGCAUGGUGAAGCUGGAUCUGGAAGGAGUGAUCUUCCCGUACCACCCGCGCCUCGGCCGCUACACCCUCAACUUCCACGAGGCCCAGGAGGCGUGUCUGGCCCAGGACGGCAUCCUGGCCUCCCACGACCAGCUGCACAAGGCCUGGCUGGAGGGCAUGGAUUGGUGCAACGCCGGCUGGCUGGAGGACGGCUCCGUGCAGUACCCCAUCUCCAGGCCCCGAGACGAGUGCGGCCGCAAAGACACCCCCGUCGGGGUCAGGACCUACGGGUACCGGCACAAGGACGACGAGCGCUACGACGCCUUCUGCUUCACGUCCAACCUGAACGGCAAAGUCUACUUCCUGAAGACCUACCGCAAGCUGAGCUACCCCGAGGCCCUCCAGGCCUGCAAGAAGAACGGUGCCAAGGUGGCCAAGGUGGGCCAGCUCUACGCUGCCUGGAAGACCCAGCUGCUGGACAAAUGUGAGGCGGGCUGGGUGGAGGAUGGCAGCAUUCGCUAUCCCAUCGUCAACCCCCGGGCACGCUGCGGGGGCCAGGAGCCCGGCGUCCGCAACUUGGGCUUCCCGGACAAGAAGUACAAGCUCUUCGGGGUCUACUGCUACAAGAAGGCCAGUGAGGGGUCCGCCAAGAAGGCCAGCGAGGGGUCCCCCAAGAAGGGCAGCGAGGGGUCCCCCAAGAAGGGCAGGGAGGAGCCGGGCAAGGGGAGGCCUCUCCAGGGGUAAGAGGUAGCCGCGGUUGCUCUGCUGGGGACAGAACCAUCAGACGUGCAACCAUCAGACAAACGCCGCAGCUGGAGAGCUGCUACCAUAGUAACCUUCCCCCCCCCCCAGCCAUCCCUUCUCACCUGGAGCCGGCUGUGAGCCAGGACCGUGGUCCUGGCCGCUGAGCCCCAGGGAUCUGGCAUUUCUUGGUAACAGAAUCACAGGAAAUAGAAGGGAACCCCCCCACCCCUUAUCCCUUUCCAUAGCAGGUGGGGCCGGCCCCACGGCAUGGCAGGCUGGGGCGGGGGGCUGUGGUAGAGGGGGAAGGGGGCUGGAGGGGGACCAUGCCAGCUUCAAUUCACUUGCUUUCUCCUGCAAACGGACAUCCAGCCUGUGCACUCGUAGGGGCCGCUCCUGCCAGGCUGUGAUGCAGCCGCUGCCCCCCCUCGCUAACCCAACCUCCGGAUUCCUUCUUGGCUUCACGUUGCUGCGGCUAGUGCUUGGAAUCGAGUGUUUAGGCCUUUCUCUGCUUGCCGAGGGGGCAGGGCUGGGCCCAGGCUCCCCCAUGCCAAUGCCACGCUCCUGUCCGGGGCUGGGGGCUGUUCAGAUGUGCUGCACACCAGCAGCGCUAGGGUGGGUCCUGCUGAACCGGACAGGCCUUGCGCCCUGCUUCUCUGAUGACUGUGGAGGAUGGAAGCUCAGAGGGGGCGGAGGCUCAGAAGAUUAACGCCUGGGUCCAGCUGAGAGCCCUGGACGGGGAGCGGGUGGAUGAGCGCAAAGGGUCUGCUGGGGAUGGCACCGCCCGGUGGAGUUUACGGCCCAUUCCCUCCCCGCCCAUUCCUGUCAGUGCUUCAGCUAACGGCACCGGAGCAAAAUCAACAGCUUCCCCUUGCUGCCCUCAGCACUGGUCAUGCUGACCAAGCUCCCUAAGGGACCAGACGCCACAUACCCAGCACCACAUUCAAUGCAAAGCCUUUGAAAUAAGCAGGGUUAGGCCUAUGCUCCCUGAAUCUACCCUCUGUAAGAGGCCAGGAAAGCAGGCACACCGAGAGCUGGUCUCUCUAACUGAAGCUUUUGUAUUGCAAAACCCCUCUGAGGUCUGUAUAAAACAUCUGGCUGAAUAAUCCCAUCUGCGGAGGUUCGUUUAAUAUUGUAACAAAUCCAUAGCCGUGUAGGGACUCUGCCAUGCUCAGCUAGCUAAUCCAACUUUACAGUGACAACGGGGACAGAACUCCGACCCUCCCACUUCUAAAACACUUUGGGGUGAAGGAGAUUCCCCAUUAGCUCUAUACAGUACAGGGCAUAUGGUACUGAGUGGCACAGCUCAGAUUCCAUCCAGUGGGUGGCAGUGGUGCCACACCCACAGCAGCCUGCUCAUUGCGAUAGUUAGGGUGAAUCGCCUUGCUUCUCCCCGCCACUGAGCACAUGAAGCUAGGCACUAUGGGAGAGCAGGAAUCCGGCAAAUCGGGCCUGGUUAAGCGCAAACAGGCACUGACCACUGCAGUAUGAAAUUGGGCUGCGGGCGCUUCGCCGUGAGGGGCAGUGUUUGUGGGUCCCCCAGGGCUGAUGCUUGCUGCUGUCCCUUAAACAAGCAAAGCACAGGUGGGGGGUUUUCCCCCUCCCGGGCAAAGAAAAAGGUGACUGGUCAGUCCCCUCAGCCACCACUGAAAUCAACACCAUGCAGGAUGGACUCAGAAAUGGGAGAGAAAUCUAGUGAGGGGGCGGAGCCAGAGAAAGGGGCGGGGACAGGGAAAGGGGGCGGGGAUUUGGCAUCCCCCUGACCUGCAGAUGCGCGCUGCCUCCCAGGACAGGGCAAGUGCCAGGGGUUGGACUCAGUCACCCUGGCGGCUCGUAGUGUGUUUCCCUGCUCGAGACGCAGAGCCCGUCCCGGUGGCUGGGACCAUCUCGCCUCCCCCAAGGCAUGCAGUCCAUGUGCCGUCUCCUGCUCUCGCUACAACGCUGCAUCGCUCAGAGGCGCCGUGCGUGACUUCGUUUUCAGCUGCAUGCAUGGCCGGGCGAGGGACACCGCCAGUGACGGGAGGGAGGCCCUGGUCCCUCUGCUCUGAGUUUAGCAGCAGAGCUGACCAAGGUCUCAGUUCCCCCGACUUAGGGCCAGACUGCAACUGGGGACCGACCUGCAAGAGGCUCGCAGAGCCAGAGGUCACAGAUGGGCUCCCCAGAUCCGCUGGGGCCUCCCUUCUGGCCAGUGGGGGGUCGGUGGUGGUCGCUGAGCUCAUGAAAUAAAGGCUUGGCUGCUGAUUGAGAAUGAA